UGCAUUGAUGACCAUUUUACUUGCUCUUUUCUCUUCUGUGGAAGUUUCACCCAUCAUGAAUUGUUGCCAGACUGCAUCAAGCCAUUCCUGGGUUUUCCCCACUGUAAUUCUCUGCUUAUUUGGAUUUUUCUCAAUGAUGAAACCAUCAGAGCCAUUUUUGGUGGCUUAUUUGGCAGGACCAGACAAAAAUUUUAGCCUCAGCGUGAUCACCAAGAACAUCAUUCCACUGUGGACCUACUCCUACCUGGCGCUGCUGCUCCCCGUGUUCGUCCUCACCGAUUACGUCCGCUACAAGCCAGUCAUUACCUUACAAGUGGUCAGCUUCAUCAUCACCUGGCUGCUGUUCUUGUUUGGCCAGGGACUGAGAGCCAUGCAGGUGCUGGAGUUCUUCUACGGCUUGGCCUCCGCCACCGAGGUGGCCUACUACGCCUACAUCUACAGCGUGGUCAGCCCAGAGCACUAUCAGAAAGUGAGCGGCUACUGCCGGAGCGUCACGCUGGUGGCCUACACAGCCGCCUCCGUGCUGGCCCAGCUCUUGGUGUCCCUAGCCAACCUGUCAUACUUUUACCUCAAUGUCAUAUCCCUGGUCUCUGCCUCCAUGGCCUUCUUUUUCUCACUUUUUCUACCAAUGCCCAAGAAGAGCUUGUAUUUUCAUGCAAAACCCAACAAAGAAGCUCCUCAAAAUCUACCACAAGGGGAUGCUGUGCUAGGGGACACUCACAAGGGUCACAAAGAAUUAGGAGACCAGUUGAACAGCCCAAGACCCCAAAAUGUGGCUUUGGGAGUUUUCGUGCAGUGGUUCCAAGAUUUGAAGGAGUGCUACAACUCAAAGCAUCUUUUUUACUGGUCCCUGUGGUGGGCCUUCUCCACGGCAGGUUUUAACCAGGUUUUAAGUUAUGUUCAAAUCCUAUGGGAUUACAAGGCACCAUCUCAAAGUUCUACAAUAUACAAUGGGGCAGUGGAAGCCCUCGCAACCUUUGGGGGGGCCUUAACAGCCUUUGCAGUGGGCUACGUGAAAGUCAGCUGGGAUCUUCUGGGAGAGUUGGCCUUGGGAAUCUUCUCCGCAGCAGAUGCUGGUUCUCUGUUUCUCAUGCAUUUCACAACUAAUAUUUGGGUGUGCUAUGCCAGCCUUUUGAUAUUCAAGUCAAGUUAUAUGCUCCUCAUCACCAUAGCAGCAUUUCAGAUUGCAGUUCAUCUGAGUGUGGAGCGCUAUGCCCUGGUGUUUGGAAUCAACACUUUCAUUGCCUUGAUGAUUCAGACCAUCAUGACCAUGGCUGUGGUUGACGAUCAAGGACUGGGCCUUCCUGUCAACAUUCAGUUUUUAGUUUAUGGAAGUUAUUUCUCAGUCAUUGCUGGAAUUUUCCUAAUGAGAAGCUUUUACACAAUCUACUCAGCCAAAUGCGGAAAGAAAAAAUGUAAUCCGACAACUGGCCAGAAUCCAAGUGAAUCGGGGGACGCAGUUCCUGAUGUGAGCACAGUAACGCAGCUGUAGCCUGGUCCCAACUACCAUGGACAGAAGACAAGUUAGUGUGAUUGUAAAUACAUGGUACUAAGCGACAUGGCGUUUUAACAUUUCAUCCUAGAUUAACCUAUUGCAAAACAUUAGACCAUCAGUGAACUGAAUACAACCAAAUGAUAUAAUUGACCAGAUUGAAACAAACCAUCUUCAUGGCCUCAGUGAGCAACUGGAACCCAAAAUACUGUUUUGAUACAUUCAAGCCCACCCCCAAACAACAGAGAAAUAAAAGUUACUAUCCGCAGCAACAUGAAAUAGCCUAUGC